GUGCAGGCCACCACUAUAAAAAAAUUCUUUCCCCCAUCACUCCCGAGGGAUCCCAGUCUACAUCGCCUCAAACAUCGAAUUCUACUACGUCCCUCGUAAUCCGUGGGAAGUCAUUGAACCCCCCAAUGUCUCCAACCACUCCCCUGAUUCCAAAGCAAGGCCAUCUGGCUGUGAUAUUUCGUGCUGCGAAACAAGCCACUCGCCUCCUUAGAGACGCUGGAUACACGUUUGCGAUCAUGGGGAGCUUGGCUUGCUAUCUCUAUGGAAAUGAACGCCCGCCAAAUGACGUCGACAUUUUGAUUUCAUCGCGGAUCUGCGAUAUAGAGCCACUCAAGAGAUUUCUCGUCGCCCAGAACCCGGAUAAUUUCUAUCUCGUGGAUGCCAAAACACCACGAGCUAGGUGGAAAGUUCUGUGGUACCAAGAUCAUGGCAGAGAUGGAAACCUGGAAAGAACCAAGGUCGAUAUCAUGAAACCGGGAACAAUGCAGCUUCCGAUGAUAUUUUCCGAGGCUAUCGUCGAUAAGCAGGGACUUCCGGUCGUUCCCUUGUCGAUCCUGCUGCUGCAUAAACUCAGGGGUUGGGAGGAUAAUAUGAAAUCUAGGAAGGCGUAUCUUCGGAGGAAGCAUAACGCGAAUGUGGGAGAUAUAGGUUCGUUGCUGAGGAUCGUUAUUGAGGGUAUGGGCAAGCAGGAAAAGAAGAACUCGAAGCGUUGGAAACGGUUUGCACAGGAGCAGUUUAGUAAAAUAUUCCAGGAUGGGACGAAACGUCGAGUGAAGUUGUUCAGUGAGAGAUAUCCAGAGUACGGGGAUAUGUGGAAGGAGCUCGGCUGGUAGAUAAGUUGAACAACUGUUUCUGAUCUACGAUAUUUCUUACUCGUUCUGUCCUUAUUUAAUUGGCUGAAACUGAUACUCAAAUACAUUCUACUUGUGGCACGAUAUUUCAGUUCUGCGAUGUACCAAGAAUCUAACCUUGG